AUGGCCAAGGAAAAAUCCAGCACGGACGCCAAAGUGUCCAAAGAAGAGCGCAAGGCCGCUCGCAAGGCCGAGAAACAAGCCAAAAAGGCCGAGACCUCGGGCGUGAAGAAGGUCAAGAGCGACAAGAAAGAAAAGAAGGAGAAGCGCAAAGCACUCGCGGAGAAGGCACUUAAUGAGCUAGAAGACGGAAAGUCGCAGACGCCAAAGAAGGAGAAGAAGGCCAAGAAUGAGGACACUAGCGAAGAUGACGACGACGAGGAAGACGGUGCGGGAGUGGCUGUUGGAAAGAGCGAGGAUGAGGAUGAGGAGAUGAAGGAGGACAGCGACGACGAGAACAAGACGAGUGUGAAGAAGGACGAGAAGCUGGAGAAAGCUGCAAGGCCUAUCGGCGCGUUGGUGCCAUUUGCCAAUCCGCUUGCCGAUGAGAAGGUCGCGAAGAAGGUGUUUAAAAGCGUCAAGAAAGCCGCCGCUCAACGCGCGCUCAAACGUGGCGUCAAGGAAGUCGUCAAGGCUCUUCGCAAAUCACCCUUGUCAGACGCCAGCUCGCCUCUGCCGAUCGGUAUCGUCAUUCUCGCCGCUGACAUCUCCCCAAUGGACGUGAUCAGCCAUAUCCCCGUGCUUUGCGAGGACCAUAACAUCCCGUACAUUUAUGUCACAAGCCGUGCUGAGCUGGGCAUCGCCAGCCAGACGAAACGGCCCACCAGCGUGGUCAUGGUCAGUCACGACGUGUCCAAGAAGGCCAAGGACAAGGACUCCAAGGACAGCAAAGCCAAGAAUGCCGACGCCGACGGUGAGAACUGGGAAGAAACCUACAAGAGUCUUGUUAAGACUGUGCAGAGGGAGGGCCGGCAUGUCAAGAUCUAG